AUGGCAAAUGCUACCGCAAUAGCCGCCGACGCCAUCGGUAACGGUCCCGAUUGGGCGGGGCUGCCGGAGGAGUUGCUCUCGAUGUUCAUGGAGGCGAUGGAGAUCCCCGACCUCGUCCGCUCCGGCGCUGUCUGCAACUAUGCCCCCGACGCCGCCGGCCUCUGGUGCCCCUUCACCGGUGAUUCUGUCCGAGUCCCCCUGCCGCUGACCCGCUACUUCACGGUCGGCUCGGGACACGGCUGGCUCGCCGCCGCCGACGAGUUCUCCAACCUCCGCCUCCUCAACCCCAUCACCGGCGCCCAGGCCGCGCUCCCGCCCAUCACCGCCCUCCACCACGUCGAGAGCUCCGUCGACGCCGAGGGCCGCCCCAUGUACAACGUCUUUGACAGGGACGACCCGGAGCCGCUCCCCUUCAACCCCCGCGAGGCACGGGGCUUCAUCUACCACCGCGCUAUCCUCUCCUGCAGUCCGUCCGCCGGGAGCGCGUGCGUCUCGCUUCUCUUGCACAUGCCAUUUGGCGAGCUCUCCUACGCCCGAAUCGGCGACGAGCGGUGGACGUGGAUCUCGCGGGACGACCACCAGUGCAUGGGCGGCCACAGCAGGGGCUUCAUGGACGCCCUGUACAACGACGACCAAGGCUUGUUCUACGUUCUUUGUCACUGCAGGUCUGUGUUCACCUUAAAUCUCAACGGGCCAUCCCCUGUUGUGACACAGAUCAUGCAGGGAAUAACGGACGCGUCUGUCCCUGUCCCUCUCCCUUCCGGCAUGUAUAUCCUGCAAGCACCAUGGGGUGAUAUCUUGCAAAUAUUGAGGUGGAGACACUACGAUGAUUCGUCCGCACCUGUGGAGGUUCCUGAAGAUCCAGAGGGACACAAUGAAGAUGACAUGCUCCAGUUUAUGGAGCUCAGGACAACCGAAAUAGAGAUAUAUAAAGUCGAUCUUGACCAGCAGAAGCUUGUGAAGAUGACAAGCUUGGAGGAUCAUGCACUAUUUAUUGGCUACAACGGCACUACGUGUCUUCCUACCAACGAUUUUCCGAUGCUGAAGUCGAACUGCGUCAACAUCACGGAUGACUCUUGUGAGUAUGUCAACAUGUAUGAGCAGAACUGGCGAGAAAUAGGUGUCUGGGACCUGAAAAGCGAGAGUUUUCAGAGCUUCGAUGGCAACGUGCUUCCACAUCCAUGGUUGAAUUGGCCUUCUCCGGUUUGGAUAACUCCCUCACUUUUCUAG